AUGAACACAUCUUCAAAUAAUAAUAAUAACAACAAACAACACUCGGCCCGUAACGAAGAAAGUACAAAAUUUUCUCUUCGACAAGUUCAAGGUGUCAAUGAUCUUUCCAUUGAUGCUAGUGGUGAAUUGAUGGCUCUAGGAAGUCGGAACGGCUUGUUAGUGUUUCGAUUGCCAACACCGAAUACUAUCAACAAUACUCUAUCAUCAUCAUCCUCUAAUCUCUCCUCUUCUCUCACCAGCACUAAUUCACAAUUUUCUUCCCUCACCUCUGCUAAUGUCAGUACAUCUUCUCAGCCCACUCUUCUCCUCCAAAAGAGUAAGAAGAAUGAAGUUUUAUGUGUUCAGUUUGGGCAUGAUUUCAAUAGACCAUUAUUGGCUUGUAGUACAGGAGAUGUACUUCAAAUAUGGGACACAACUCGUUUUCUUUCUUCAUCAACUUUACAAACUUCCCUCAGCUCAAAUUCCUCUUUAUCAUCCAUUUCAUCAACAUCUUCAACAAUUGCUGGUGGAUCCUCUGGAGUUAGAGGGCGAACCUCUUCUAAUUCACAAUUUAUCAAUUCAUCAGGAGGAGUUUUGGGAUCAUCUCUCACAAGCACUGGCAGCUUUUUGAAUAGUCAACCUACACUCUCUACAGAUGUUGAACAAAAUAGAUCUUUUCAAGCGCAUCAGAGAAGUAUCAACGCAAUUUCUUGGUGUCCUCACGAUGCAUCUUAUUCUAAAAUUGCAACUUGCAGUGGCGAUGGAUAUGUAAAUAUUUGGGAUACUAGACUGCCUUCAAAUCAAUGUAAAGUCGCAAGUUUCAUUUCAUAUACAGAUAUUCCAAGCCUAGUUGCUUGGAAUCCAAUUGACUCUCAUAUAAUAGCAUCCGCUCACAACGUGGAUGUCAGGAUUUGGGAUAUUAGAACCUGCACUUCGUCAACAACACCAACAAACAAAUUCCUAACUUUCAUUUCAGCUCACCAUCCUCUAAUUUCCUCUAUGGAUUGGAGCCCAACAAGUGCAACAGAAUUGGUGACUGCAGGUUCACAAGAUAAGUUUAUCAAAGUGUGGGACUAUGAACAACAUCAAACAAUAAUGUCUCAACGUGUAGCAUUCCCAGUCUGGAAAAUUAAGUACACACCAUUUGGAAAAGGAUUAGUAUCAAUUUCUAAAAAAGAUAAUCAAGUAAGAGUUUGGAGAUUAAAUCAUCCACAAGGAGGAUCAAGCAACCACAUGCCCAAAGAAAGCCCUUCUACUUCAUCUGCUACCAGUGUGGAGCCAAUCGAGAAUAUCAGCAUUUUUUCUGGGCAUACAGAUGAGAUUAAGUGCCUAGAUUUCAGAACUAUCGAAAGUAACAAUCAACAUCAAUUAGUUACGUGGUCAAAAGAUAUGUCCAUUAGAUUUUGGAAUUUUACACAACAAAUUAUGGAGGAUUUGACUAGCAAUGUUGAUGGUAUCACUUCGGCCAAUAACAGCAAGGAUAAUAAUUCAAGUAGCUUAGACAAAAAUUUCAUCCCUUCAAGAUCACCGAUAGGAAUGAUGAGCCUUCAUUUGUUGGGAAAUGAAUGGAGUAUAACCAGCGUUCCAGAUCACAUUUUUGAAACAGAUCCAUCGGCUUUAUUUGAACAAACUGUUAUUGGAAGUCCAGUGACAAGAUUAACAUUCGAUCAGGAAAUUGAAAAAAUCAUUUCUGUUUUUAACAAUUUAAAGUUCUGUACCAGAGUUAAGGCAAAUCAGAACGAUAAAUCGGAAAAUAUAGAAUGCGAGACCAAGAUAACUCUAGAAAAGAUGGAUAAGAGUGAACAGGCUCGAUAUUGCAUUCUUGGCAUAAUAAUGAUUGUCAGAGCAGCUAGCUCUCCAAACUUGCCAGUAGCAAUUAACGACCUAAAGCUUAAAGUCACUUUCCCCAAACUGUAUCCGAUUAACGCUGCUCCAUCAUUCGAUUUUCUUCCAUCACGAUCCUUUAUUUCGGUGCAAGACUUGAAGACAAUCAAACAAGCCCUCACAACAGCUGCCCAUGAUGAUGUUCUGAAACAUCACAACUGCAUGCUGAGCUGUUUCAGAUCGCUAGUAUCCAUACUUGGAAAGUUGAAAUGGAGAGAGCGUAGAGAAAAUGAACAAGAUAGUAUCUCUGCGAUUGGAAUGAACUCAUUCAAUUCUCCCUCUUCCCUUGGGAUGCCAAAAGUUCUGAGUAGUGCAAACUUGGUUGCCACAAAUUUUUCAAAAGCAUUCGACAGUGAUGACAUGAAUGACAAGCAGCAGCAGUCAACUGAAAACACUCCAGACAGCGUUGUCAAUUUAUUGAAAGACAAACCAGUUUCACAAGACGAGCACAACUAUAUCGCACAUCCAAUAAGCGGAGCUCGAUUUUCUCCGUCAGGAGAUCUUAUUUAUUUUAACUCAUGCAGUUUACGUAGCAGAAAAAACAGAGAGGACGCUUCAAAUAAGAAUGAUAAGAGAAGAAAUGAUGUAGAUUUUGGUUAUAGAUACUACUUGGAUAUGGUUCAAGAAUUGAAAACUCCUUUCUCUUUAUCGAUUAAAAGCCGAAGCAAAGAGCAUGGGGAUGAAACUCAAGAAAAACGAAGAAAAAAAAGCACCAAAAAAGACAAGAAAUACUUAAAGAAUGGCAUAACUAACUCAAUGAACAGUAGCAUGAACGAAGCCAUGACCAUUUCACAAGAUUUAAGUACUAACAGUGACAUGAAGCACGAUAGCUCUGACCUUAUUGACGGAAUUAAGGAUAUGGACAAGGAACGAGACAACAACUACUUUUCAUCGGUCUACAAUGAUUAUCAUGAUGACUCUACAGAAGAAGAUUCCUAUUACUCUGCCGAGUUUGAUGAUGACUCAAGCGAGGAAGGUCAUACCUCCUACUUCUCCAAUCAUGGAUACAUGGGCGAAGAGGAAAAUGGAGAAGAUAGUAACUUUUCAGCAGAUCAAAAGAGACAUAUUUUCUUCAAUGAUACUCGAACAGAUCCAAGAAUUCACAUCUAUGAUAGCAAGUAUCUAUUACCUGUUUCUUAUUCCCUUGCUCAAAAGUAUCGAGUUAUUGGAAAUAGUGCCGUCGAUGUAUGCUUGUACAAUUCUCAGGUUUGUCUCGACGAGGGUAAUCAUGAACUUGCCAAGAUGUGGAAAAUUCUCUCUCUUAUUUUGGAUCCACGACUCUUUUACGAUCGAACGAAAUCAAAUACUGUGAAGGCUUCUGCAGUUUGGUCAAAUCAUGCUUUAGGGAGACGUUUUGUGAAAAAACUAUUGACACACUUUCUCUCCAAGCAUGAUAUUCAGACAUGUGCCAUUAUUUCUUGUGUGUUGAAGCUGUCCUAUCAAUUGGUCUCUUUAGAAAUUGUCUCCAACUCACAAACUCCUAAUAUUAUCCUCAAUCAACAUUUGAAUUUUGAUGUUGGACCAAAAUCACGUCCGUGGGACUUUAUUCCAAUUACUUCUAACAAUGCGGAAAUGUCGAAAGAAAAAAUUGAGCUUAUUGCCAGUACAGACUUGCUUGAGAAGGAUUUGAAACCAGUGAUGACCCACGUUCGAUUGUGUUAUGCAAAACUCCUUCAAAGUUGGGGUCUUCAUUUACAAAGAUGUGAAAUUAUGAAAUAUAACGAAUCCAGUCAAGCAUCACGACGUUUUAUGAAUGGAACUUCAGAGUGUGUGAUUGAUGUCGAAACAACAGCUAUUUCUCCAGCCACAGUCAGCAACAUUGACAGUAGUGGCACAAGAAGAAGUAACAGCACCACCUCAAACACUACAUCACUUCAAUCUCCUCUGACUCCUCAUUCCCAUCAACCCAUGAUGAAUGCACCUGUGAAUCCUAAGAAAUCCUUUUUGCAUUGCUCUCUAUGUAGAAUACCUGUGAAGGGACUUGUUUCAUAUUGUCCUAAUUGCAAUCAUGGUGGACAUGUGGAACAUAUUCAAAAUUGGUUUAAGAGCCAUGAAGCCUGUCCUGCUGGAUGUAACUGCAAAUGUUCAUCGUUUAUGGUCUUCUAUCCCGUUUCAUCACCAACACCUGGUCAAGUGAAAAAUUUAUCCGUUUCAACAACCACAAACGGUAAUGCAAUUUCUGCAGUUAAUGUUGACCGAACACCAGAGCAUAGUAGCACCUUUUCUAUUAAGAAACAAUCAGUCACUCCCAAUCCUCAACAACGAAAUGACCUUGGAGGUAUUAACUCGGUAUUAUCCUUCCUCAACUUGUAA